AUGACCUACCCCACCUCCAUGCCCAUCGCUCGCCCUCUCCCGGCCAUCAAACUCGUCACCCCGCACGGAGCAUCCUACUCGUUCACCCGCGCACAACUCAAGAAGGCCGCACCUCGCCUCGCCGCCCUGGGCGACGUAGUACACCUCCGCGAUGUCCGCAUUGAGAACUGGAACGUCCUCGACCCCUUCACCAACCUCGUACGCACCGGCCGCGUAGCGUUCGAGUACCUCCCUCCUAGUGACGCCUUCCUGCUCAUCGAAUUCUUGCUCAAGUGGGAUGCGACGUACGCUCUAGACGCGCUGCUGCAGCGUGCCAUAUUUGGCGUGUGGGCUGGCGAGGUAUCCCCCGAGCUCGCGUUCGGGCUGGCUGCCGCGGCUGGACGGCGUGACCGCGCACGCGACGUCCUUGACACCAAGUCGCUCUGCAGUCCCCUGCCCGGAUGGUGGAAGAGCCGCGUACCGGAGGCGUGCAAGAUUGCGUACGAGCAUGCGUACAUCACGACGGCGCACCUCCCUGAGCAGCUUGAGGUGAUUGGAGACGUGUUCGAGAAGACGUUCAAGUAG